AUGCCUCCUGAAUAUUACUUCAUUCCUCCCAUCGAGACCACUGGAGUCCCCCCAUAUCAGAACGCGGUCCUGUCUAAUGGAAGACAUGGCCAUCUCACGCUAGGGAUCCUGAGGAACAAAAAUAGCAGGCUAACCAACGUGGUGAAGACCACAAGCAUUGUCGGAAACGCCCAUGCAAGAUACGCGUAUGCACUUCGCAACGUGCCGCGCCUCGGCUCUCUCGCUCAGUUGUCGCUCUCCGUGCCCAGCAGGGAGAAAGAGUGCCAGUGGCCUGGUGCAAACUAUGAACACUGGAGUCAUUCCUUCAUGCCAGCUGUCGGGACUACAGCUCGUCUGCUGUUGUCAACGAGAGACUCCGUGCCGCCUUCCGACUUCAAGAGCCUUCACGGGCCUGACCCAUGGGCCCAUUUUCAUUUCUCCUUUUCCCAGUCAGUGAACCUAAAAAAGGGGAACCAUAGCCUCAACCGCCUCAGCAGGCUGCUGACUGUGUCGCCUCAGUUCGGUCCCCUCGUGUCACUCGGCGCAGUUGUGCUUGUGCUUCGGGUGACUCGAGCCAUGAACGGCUUUGCGGUCGUCUUUCUCUGGGCAGCAGUGGUUGUGGAUGGAGCCUCUGAGCAGAAACCUACUACAACUGGGCUGCAGGACUGCAAGAAAGCGCUGAACCUCCCGGCCCUAGAAGUGUUGCCCGGGGGCGGCUGGGAUAACCUAAGGAACGUGGACAUGGGGAGGGUCCUGGACUUAGGCUACAGCACUUGCAGGACCACCGAGGAUGGACGUUACAUCAUCCCAGACCAAGUCUUCACCAUCCCCCUAAAGCGGAGCAACAUGGAGAUGAACUCGGAAAUCAUCGACUCCUGGAGGGAUUACCGGAGCACCAUCGCCUUCUCCAUCAACACGGAGCUCUCCCUCUUCUCCGUCGCCAACGGCAAGUUCUCGGCCGAGUUCCAGCACGUGAAGACGUACCAGGUGAAGGACCGUUCCGUGACCACCAGGGUCCAGGUGAGGAACGUGGUUUACACGGCCAAGGUCAACCCCACCACGGCGUUGGACCGAGAAUUUGCCAAGCAGCUGAUGGACAUCUCCGACCGCCUAGAGAACAAUCAGACCCGGAUGGCCAACUUCCUGGCCGAGCUGCUGGUCCUCAACUACGGCACCCACGUGGUCACCAGCGUGGACGCUGGGGCCAGCCUCCUGCAGGAGGACCACCUCAAGUCCACCUUUGUCCAGAACAACUGGGCCGUCCGGAGCUCCAUCACUACUUCGGCCGCGGUCACCUUCCACAGCUUGAUCGAUGCCAAGUUUGGUGAUGCGGUUCAUUUGCAGAGCAACUUUUCCCAGAACUAUAUCUCCAACAGAACCAACUCCAGGGUCCAAAGUAUCGGUGGACUGGCUUUCUACCCUGGCAUCACCCUGAAGGCCUGGCAGGAAGGCAUAACCAACCACUUGGUGGCUAUCGACCGUUCUGGUCUGCCCUUGUAUUUCUUCAUCAACCCCGAGACGAUGUCCGACCUGCCCAUCCCUCUGGUCAAGAAGCUGGCCAAGACGGUGGAAGUCGCGGUCCGCAGGUAUUUCACUCUCAACAUCUAUCCCGGCUGCACGGACAGUGAGUCGCCCAACUUCAACUUCCACGCCAACGCGGACGACGGGUCUUGCGAGGGGAAGAUGACGAACUUCACCUUCGGGGGAGUCUACCAGGAGUGUCAGCAACUGUCUGGCCAGGAAGUUGUCUCGCUGUGCCAGAACUUAGAGCAGAAGAAUCCGCUCACGGGGGAGUUUUCCUGCCCGGAAGGCUUCUCUCCAGUCCUGCUGGGCUCCCAGACCGUGGAGGAAGGGUACAGCCACCUGGAAUGCCAUAAAUCGUGCACCCUGCUUUUCUUCUGCAAGAAAAUAUGCGAGGAUGUGUUCCGGGUGGUGAGGGCCGAGUUCCGAGCUUCCUGGUGUGCUGCCACCGGGCAGGUCUCCAGCCACUCGGGCUUCCUUUUUGGGGGGCUUUUCAGUGGCAAGAGCACCAACCCCAUGACUGAUGCCCAGUCCUGUCCCUCGGGCUACUUCCCCCUGAGGCUCUUCGACAGCCUCCAGGUGUGCGUCAGCCAGGACUACGAGCUGGGGUACAAGUUCUCCGUGCCCUUCGGUGGGUUUUUCAGCUGUUCCGCGGGGAACCCCCUGGCGAGGUCUGGUCAGCUCACGGGGCAUCCGGAUGCCCCUUACCCGAAAAAAUGCCCCGGGGGCUUCAGUCAGCACCAAGCGCUCAUCAGCGAUGGCUGCCAGGUGUCAUACUGUGUCAAAGCAGGGCUCUUCACCAGCUGGUCCCUGCCUCCAGUCAGACUCCCGCCAUUCUCCCGCCCCCCUCUCAUGAGCCAGGCCUCAACCAACACAGUCCUGGUGACCAACAGUGAGGCGGAGAAGUCCUGGGUCCGGGACUCCUUCACCCACCUGUGGAAGCUGGGAGAGCCUUCUGAAGUGCGCCGGACCAUAAAGCUCGUCCAAGGGAGCGAGAGGGGCAUGUCGGCCGGAGCGGCCGCGGGCAUCACGGUUGGAAUCACCACCCUCCUGGCUGCCCUGAUUGCCCUGGCCAUCUAUGGCUCAAGAAGGUACAAGAAGAGGGACUAUCUACAGAUGGAAGGGGAGAAGGAGGAGGAGGAGGAACAGAAGUUGAUUUUGGGCUUCGCUAACUACACCUCCGUCCCAACCCACCCGAACGAAACGUCUGGCCCGGAGCAAGAGAACCCGGCCGUCUAAACUUCUCCCGUGGAAUUUUGCUUUACUUCUUUCUCGGCUAACGACGUAAGCUUGUCUUUCAUUCUCCUCGAAUUCUUUUCUUGCCCUAACCGGAGAAGAGGCCGAUGGCAAGUAUGUGGUUUCGAUGCUUCUUCGAAUCUCCAUCUCCAUCGUCCAGCUGACCGACGGAGGCGUUUGGAACUGUGCUCAGAAUGUGAGUUGGGGGAGGUUGGCGGGGUGGAGGUUGGGAGGAGGGUUAGAGAGCCCUCAGCCUACACUGGAUGGGAGUAACUGGGACAAAUGAAAAAAGAAUAAACCAGCAGACCUGGAGGGCGAUAUACUGCUUUUCCAAGUUCUGAUCUAGAGGAAAGAGUAUGGACCUGGGAACAAGGAGACAUGAGUUCUGAUCCCAGUUCUGCCACUGCCUGCUGUGUGACCUUGGACAAGGCACUGAGCUUCUCUGUGCCUCAGCUUUCCAAACUAUAAAAAUGGGGUUGAUGCCCAUUCUCCCUCCCCCCUUAGGCUGUGAGCCUCGUGUGGGAGAGACUAUGUCCGAUUUGCCUUUACUGUAUCUACCCCAGGGUUUGGGACAGUGUUUGGCACUAAGCACUUGUUUCUGACUUGAUUUACCCCAGAACCUAGUAGAGUGCUUGACCCAUUGUAAGGACUUAACGAAUACCACGAUUAUUAUGAUUUGGAUUACCAUAUCACUAUUAUUACUAUUCCAGUGGCUCCAUUUUCCAAGUCCCAGGGGCCUGCAUAGGCACUGUCUUCCUCUUACUGCUCCAGUUUCGGAAAUGUGGUCAGAUUUCAUUCUCCAUGCUUAUCCUGAUCCAAAAGGAGGUUGGAAGCUUAGGUGGCCCUUCCAAAAGAAUUCUGGGCAAAGGGUACUCAGAAUGGGGUUCAGAAAAGCAAUAGUUCAAUCUCUUAGUCCUUGGUUUGGGGUGCUUGGGGAGGAUCUCAUUAACUCACCAACACCUAUAAAGGGGGUCUCCCAUCUGGGCAGUGAGAUCUCUCCGCUACUGAAGAAAAAAAUAAAAACCACUUACUGAAAUAACCGCCCAGCCCACCCAAAGACUAUUCAGGCUCGGCCAGCUGGUUGACGAGAACCUCGGGGUAUUUCACCAGAGAAGCCCGUGGCAUUUCUGCUCCGGUGGUAUCAAGAAGGGGUCGGAGGGAGACAGUCACUUACACGUCAUUGUCCCAAGGGAAACUUGAAUUCAGCUUUCCCACAGCUGGGCCCUGUCUCUGGGUUAAUUAUGAACAGAAAAACCAAAAACGGUGUUUUGUUUCAAUGUGCCGUCCGUGUUCUGCUUCCCGCCCUCCUCUCCGGCCACCCACUCUCUCAUACACAACCCGCCCCGCACACAAGAAAUCUGCCCACUAGUGAAACACGGGAUGGGAGGUAAGGGAUGGCAGAAGGCUUUGCGAGCAGCUGUCCCCCACCGGAGGAGACCACCCUGAUAGGGAUGGACUACGGCGGAGUGGAACAUCAAUUCUAUUUCCAGGUGGGGACAGAAAGGCUGUGUAAAUCAGCAAAAGAUCAGCAAAAAUAAUAGGGGAGGGGCGUGAAGACCAUCACAAAAUGGCUUGGAUUUCUUCUGAGGAGCUCAAAACGUUUUAUGCUUCCUACCUCUUUGUUCCUGAAACGUCUCAUUGUUUAUUGUUAUAUGAUACUGUCCCAAGCACUUAGUACAGUGCUUUGCACCCAAUAAGAGCUUAAUAAAUACGAGUGAAUGACUGUAAGGCUAGGGGAGGUGGGAGAAGGCGAUUAAGCAACUUGCCCAAGGUCUCGCAGCCAGGGGGUGGAACUGAAACCCCAAUCUCACCUCCCAGGAUGCGGCCACGUGAGUGCUAGAAUGGAUACCCCCUCGCUCAAUUAAUCAAUCCAUCAAUUGUAUUUAUUGAGCACUUACUGUGUGCAGAGCACUCUACUAAGCAUUUGGAAGAGAAUAACACAAUAUAACAGCAACAUUCCCUGUCCACAACGAAUUUACAGUCUGUCCCCUAACUUAAUUUGUUGUCUAAAUAAUUUCUGAGGUCAACUGGAUCUCUUGAGAACUCAAGGAAAAAUCCAAGAGCUUUAUUCUCUUGCUCCCAGGAGCCUUGUGGGCCCUUCUCGGUUACACUAAGUUCUCCAGCUAAGCCCAGCCCUUGCUUCUGUGCCUUGAGAGAGUACCAAGCCACCCAAAAAGAAUCCAACUCCUUUUGACUUACUCCAGUGCCACUAACUGCUCUGUGAAAUGUAAAGGUUUUUAUUCACUCUCAGGUUUUUAGGUCUGCUAACAAAAUUGCACACGAAAAUGUAUUAAAUGUAUUAAAAUUAAAAUGCAUUAAAAUAGAAAUAUAAA